UACGCACGCACACCUGCCAACGUCCACUGCUACCUACUUGACUCCGGCAGCUUCCUGACUCGGCCGUCCAGCUGACUCCAAAGCCGCGCACCCAAUCGCUGCCAUUGUUUAAGAGACCAUCGUCGUCGAACACCGUCAGCUGGACGCCUCUCUCCCCAAAAGAUGCAUUUGUAAACGAUGGUAUCAUAACGGACAACUUCAGAAAUAGCAGAACAUCGGCUUGGCCCGCCGGGCUUGCAUUCUCAUCGUGCUCAUCCCUUGUUACAGAGAGACCCUCACAGACAGGCCGCGGCACCACCGACUCGCUACGGCGACUUACAGGCACAAGGCCAUCUCCAUCACAAUGAAUACCCGCCCGCCCAUAGAAACGUCACCCUCUACUGUGGUCUUGUCCGCGUCGUUCAACAGUGAUGCUAGCUGCUUCUCUGUUGGUCUCAACUCGGGGAUAUGCAUCUUCCAUACCAAAUCGUGCCUCCUGAAGGCGUCCAGAGACUUCAAUGCCGGUAUCGGUCUUGUCGAGAUGAUGGGGACGACAAACUACCUCGCCCUCGUCGGUGGUGGCAGGCAACCCAAGUUCAGCACCAGCAAAACCAUCAUCUGGGACGACAUGAAAGGAAGAGUCGCAAUAGAAAUCGCCUCUCUGACUCCGGUGCGUGGCGUCCGCAUCGGCCGCAACCGGAUCGUCGUUGCGCUUCAGAACAGCGUCCGCGUCUACUCCUUUGCGAAGCCGCCCGACCUCCAGUCAGUGUAUGAGACCACUGACAACCCACUCGGUCUUGUCGCCAUGUCGGACAAGACGAUUGCGUUCCCAGGCAGGACGGUAGGCCAGAUCCAACUUGUCGACCUUGGUACUGGGAAUGUCAGCAUUAUCCCGGCUCACUCAUCUGCCCUCCGAGCCAUACAAGUGAGCCCGGAUGGCGAGCUGUUGGCUACAGCAAGUGAAAUGGGCACUCUAAUCAGAGUAUUCACAACCAGCAACUGUGCCCGCUUGGCCGAGCUAAGACGCGGCGUCGAUCCGGCGACCAUCUUCUCUCUCGGCUUCAGCCCCGAAGGCACGAAGCUGGCUUGCACAUCAGACAAGUCCACUCUGCACGUGUUCGACGUUCCACAUCCCAAGAAGCCCGCGGUCGUGCCAGCUAGCCCAACAUCAUCGCAGAUGGGGGGAUCCGGCAUCCUCGCGGGCCGACCAGCUGAUGACGGCAAGGGGCGGUGGGGUUUCUUGGGGAAGAUACCUCUGAUGCCGCGCAUGUUUUCGGACGUAUACUCGUUUGCCUCUGCGCCAUUCGAGGCUGGCGAUGACCCCUUGAUCGGCGGGCUGCCCCUGUCAGAUCAGACGACGCUCGGAACGACAAGGCCUCAAAAGGGCGUUAUCGGGUGGAUCACUGAAGAUAGUCUGGUUGUGAUUGGCGCCGGACAGGACGCCAGGUGGGAGAAGUUUGUAAUAUCCAAAGGGCAAGACGGACGCCGAUACGUUGUGAGAGAAGGUUGGAAGAGGUAUUUGGGUGGCGCGUAAUGAGCAACAACAGCUGCUUGUCAAACAGACUCUUGGGACUCGUGUAGUUAUAGGUUCACGGUAUGGCGUUACAUUUGG